ACAUCUAAUCAGCCAUAUCCUCGACAUCUGGCCUCCAACAUCAUUGUCGCUGUGUUGUUGUCACAGCACGCCUAGAAAGUCGACGCUCCGCACCUCUGGAACAGGGAUCUCCGUCUCCGACAAGUAACAUUCCAAUCCACUCCUCCGGAAUCCCGGCACCAAUUGAACAUUCUACACCACUUCACGAAGUUCAAUUGCCCGGGUCACGCAACAACCAAUAAUAACCCCAUACACGCGUAUGAUCUCGAGACCCAACGUCGUACCUCCCGUUGUCGCUGAUUACCUUGAAUCUCUGUGACGCCCUCUUGUUAGGCCCUCCAUGUUAGCCCACCAAUGGAGAGUGCGCAGACUCAGUCAUCAGGGAAGGAAAAGAAGGGCUUGCGAAGGAUCUGGAAAAGGAUUAGGGACAUCAUCCGACAGAAACCCAUAACUACAACUCCGAAGACCACUGUGCAGUCUACAACAACACCUGCCACAACCACGAAGCCUGCACCAGCUCCCGAACCAUCAGAAACACCUCAGGCUGCACCGGUACAGACCUCAGAACUGCCGACUAAACAAGAGAUCAAGAUCGAAGUUGAUGAUACAGCAGAUGAGCCUGUGAAGCCUACUGAGUCUUCUUUAUCACCACAAGAGAUAUCCACCACAACGCCUGGACAACCUUUCAACGAGGCAGACAUGCGGUUCCAGAAAGCCCAGGCAAUUUUUGCCAGAUACAACAUUCAGUUGAAUGAGACCGAUUGGGACAUGAGGCCUAGAGUGCCCUAUGAAAGAGUUUCCAAGAACAUCCGAAUGAGAGUGAGAUACACCUGCCACAACUGUUCUACGACGUUUGGUUAUGAUAGAGUCUGUGUCAGUUGCCAGCAUCGUCGCUGUACGCAAUGUUCUCGAUACCCUCCAAGGAAAGAUCGCACGAAGACAAGCGCAACCACAGCCCCUCCGGCUGACAUUACAGGCGAAGCGUCCAAGAAUGUCGAGGCAUCAUGUCAUGAAUGUCAGACAGGUGUGGAAAUUGGUGCCACAGAGUGUCCCAAUUGUCAACACCGAAUAUGUGAACGCUGUCUUCGAGAAGCCACAAUUACUGUCGAUCGCCCGCCUGACAUAACGGUCGACCAAGCAGGGACCGCAGGAGAGCGAGCGCCCAUGAGCUGACAUUGUCGACCUUUCAUCAACUGUCACAUUUCCUACGAUUCAUUCUUCCUUCCGAGCAUUUUAACGAUGCGAUGACGACUACCAAUUAACGACUCGAUUCUUUCUUUGAGCGUUCUCGUUACAAAUCGGUUUUGGUAUGGCGUCCACGGGGUCUACUCCAGCGUUUCUGUUGGGAUUUGUUUUACGCAAAAGCGAAGGUCACCACGUGUGCAAUCUCGAGCUGGAUUUGAUUAUUUCAUUCUUUUGUAAAGGGAUCAUCAUGAU